GUUCCUCGCGAUUUCCACGAGAGAAAUGAAAUGCUUCCAUCGUCUCUCGUUUGCGUGCAUCCUCUGAAUUCUGAUCUCCAUCAAUCUCCCAAGUUUCUCCCUAUAAGACGCAAUCUCCCGCCGACGCCAUAGCUCGAGCUUCCACGUCUCUGCGCUGCAAAACCUUCGUCUUCGUCUUCUUGCUUGUGUCUGUUUCACGAUGGAUUGUUCUGCUGUUGAGUCGUUUUUACUGGAAUUCAGAGCCUCUGCCAAUGCUUUCCUCUCCAACUACGAGCCGCUGGCCCUCGUUCUUGGUCCUCUUCUGGCUCUACUCUUGGCUCGGUUGCUUCAGUCGUUUAUGGAUCUCGUUUACGAGAGAGGGCUCAAAGCCAUCUUCUUAUCAUUCUUCAUGGCCACGAUUAAGUUAAUUCCAGGGGUGAAACGUCGCAUUGAUUCCGAGAAGCAGAAGGUUGUGGAUAAAUUACAAGCCAGUGGUAAAUCUGGAAGAGAAGGUUGGAGGACUGAGUUGCCGAGGGAAGGCUUGGGAGCUGAAGUCAUAGACAAAAUGAAAAAUGAGAAACAAAAGGAUGUGGUUUGGCAAGGCAAAUGCUCGGGUACAGUCUACAUUGGAGGAACUGAAUCUGAAGGUCAUUUUUCUCUCAUAAAUGAGGCAUGUUCAAUGUUUGCACAUACAAAUCCUUUGCAUUUGGAUGUAUUUAAAAGUGUGGCGCGCUUCGAAGCAGAAGUGGUUGCCAUGACUGCUGCACUUCUUGGCAGUAAAGUGGAGGCUUCUGGAGGACAGAUAUGCGGAAACAUGACGUCAGGAGGAACUGAAAGCAUACUAUUGGCUGUGAAAUCAACUCGUGACUAUAUGAAAUCCAAGAAGGGAAUUAAAAAACCUGAAAUGAUAAUACCCGAGUCUGCACAUUCAGCAUACGAUAAGGCUGCUCAAUAUUUCAAUAUCAAGCUGUGGCRUGUCCCUGUAAACAAAGAAUUCAAAGCAGAUGUUAAAGCUAUUAGAAAAUUUAUCAACGGGAACACUAUCUUGAUUGUUGGAUCUGCGCCUGGGUUUCCUCAUGGAAUCAUCGAUCCGAUUGUUGAACUUGGGGAAUUAGCUUCUAGCUCUGGGAUUUGUCUGCAUGUUGACUUUUGUCUUGGCGGCUUUGUGUUACCAUUUGCUCGUAAGCUUGGGUACCCAAUUCCACCUUGUGAUUUCUCAGUUAAAGGAGUGACAUCAAUAUCUGUGGAUGUACAUAAAUAUGGAUUGGCCCCCAAAGGAACAAGCGUAGUUUUGUACAGAAAUCAUGACAUUAGAAAGCAUCAAUUUGUUGCUGUAAGUGAAUGGUCUGGUGGGCUUUACGUCUCUCCAACAAUAGCUGGAAGCAGGCCUGGUGGUUUGAUUGCUGGUGCUUGGGCAGCAAUGAUGUCUUUGGGAGAAGAAGGAUAUUUGCAGAACACAAAAGAGAUUAUGGAAGUGUCAAAGAGGAUACAUAAAGGGAUAAACGAAAUUCCCGAGUUAUUUGUCGUUGGAAAGCCAGACAUGACAAUUAUAGCAUUUGGGUCAACGGUUAUUGACAUUUUUGAAGUCAAUGACAUUAUGUCAUCAAAAGGCUGGCAUUUGAAUGCUUUGCAAAAACCUAGUAGCGUUCAUAUCUGCGUAACGCUGCAACACAUAUUGAUAGUCAACGACUUUCUCCGGGAUUUGCAAGAAUCUGUCAACACUGUCAAAGAAAAUCCAGGUCCCAUUAAUGGAGGGCUGGCUCCAAUAUAUGGCGCUGCAGAGAGAAUGCCAGACAGAGAUAUGGUUCAGGAGUUGCUCAUAAGUUACAUGGAUGGAACUUGCUAGAAGAGGCAGUGCUGUUCACAAUUGGUUUGUUUCAUUUAAAUUUUAUUUUAUACAGUAUCAUUCACAUAAGUUACAAAUUGAAAUUAUGAAAAGAAUAAACUAUAUUCUCCAAGGGUUACAUCAUAGGUUUAGUUGUCUUGUUGCUGUAAUAUGUUGAAUUAUUGGCUCAUUUUUAAUGUCUUGUAAACAUGUGUUUAACACGCUCAAAUCACAGAUGUGAUAAAAACUUGGAUGUUUAUUUUAA